AAAUUCUCCUGAGUCUUUAUUCAAAUUGCCAGCUAAGCUCUUAUAAACAAACACUUGUAUUCCAGAGGGCCUUCAAACAAGUCUUGGUCUAAGCUACAGAGCUUUCGAUAUCCUAUUGGCUUCCCAUACUCAAAGAAAAGCGAUUGUAGAACACUGUAAUUAAUAUAAGUAGUUUUCUUGUCUCCCCUUUUCAAUGUUCAUUAUUUGCCAUACUGUCGUCACGUACUAGUUGACGGGUAUUGCGCUAUCCGACCAGGGCCUGUAAUGAUGUCGAUCUCGGUCGAUAGAUGAGGGGUUGUUUCUGUUGUGCUCCUCACACCAGAAGAUAUGGCUGUUAUCAGGAGGAAUUGCGUGCCCUCAGUGAGAUAUGGGAUAAUUAACCUCACGAACCAUGCGAGGAUAAAAGCCUCCAUACGCCUUUCUCUAUCUACCAACUAGCAACUACCUCAACACCACAUACUCCAUCCUUCCCUUAUCACUAAACCAACCCCAUCAGCCCCAUUCUCAAAAUGACCAACUCGGCACCUAAGAAACAAAUCAUCCUCAACGCCUUCGUCAUGAACACCCCAGGGCACCUAGCCCCAGGUCUCUGGCGCCACCCACGCAACCGCACAACGCAAUACAAAACCCUCUCCUUCUGGACCGACCUCGCAAAGCUCCUCGACCAAGCCGGUUUUCACGCUCUCUUUAUCGCCGACACACUCGGGCCUUACGAUGUCUACAAGGGUCCCUCGAACGUCGUGCCCGCACUCGCAUCUGGCGCCCAGUUCCCCGUCAACGACCCCCUCUACCUGGUCCCCGCCAUGGCCGCCGCGACCAAGAACCUGAUUUUCGGCGUCACCGCCAGCGUGACGUAUGAGAAGCCAUAUGCGCUUGCGCGCCGGCUCUCCACCGUCGAUCAUCUCAGCGAGGGCAGACUCGCGUGGAAUAUUGUCACCUCGUAUUUGGAUUCCGCGGCGCGGAACCACGGAUUGAAGGAGCAGAUUCCGCACGAUGAGCGAUACGCCAUUGCGCAUGAGUACAUGGAAGUCGUGUAUAAGCUCUGGGAGGGUAGUUUUCGAGACGACGCGGUGAUUGAGGACCGUGAGCGAGGGGUGUAUAUUGCCGCUGAUGCAGUGAAGGAAAUUAACCACAAGGGUAAGUAUUUUGAUGUCCCCGGGCCGCAUUUCUGUGAGCCGUCGCCGCAACGGACGCCGUUCUUGUUUCAGGCGGGCGUGUCGGAGGCUGGGAAUGGGUUUGGCGGGAAGCAUGGGGAGGCGAUUUUUGUUGGAGGACAGACCCCUGAGGGCGUUAGGGCUACGGUUGAGAAUCUGAGGCGGGUGGGGGUGGAGGAGGAAGGGAGGGAUCCGGACCAUAUCAAGAUUAUUGUGGGGAUUAAUGUGAUCGUGGCGGCUACGGAUGAAGAGGCGCAGGCGAAACGAGAGGAGUACCUGAGUUAUGCGGACGAGAAGGGUGCGUUGGCCUUGUUUGGGGGCUGGACUGGUGUGGAUCUCUCGGGGUAUGCGGACGAUGAGGACUUUCGGUUCACUGACUCCCCGCGUGUACAGUCCCUUGUGCGGCGCUGGUCAGCCACAGUGCCGGGGACAGACAAUCUUCCGUGGACGAAGAGACGCAUUGUUGAAUACUUGAGCGUCGGCGGAUUAGGGGCGAAGGUUGUCGGUGGACCGACGACUGUGGCGGACGAGCUAGAGAAAUGGGUUGAGAUAUCCGGAGUGGAUGGCUUCAAUCUUGCACAUGUCACCAAUCCUGGCACGUUUGAGGAUAUCAUUGAGCAUCUCCUGCCUGAGCUCCGUCGCAGAGGUCUGUUUCGGUCGGAGGUACCCGAGCAGGGUGCAACUGCUCGAGAGGUUUUCAUCGGCACGAAAAGAUUGCCUGAAGAUCACCCCGGCAGUCAAUACAAAUGGCGAGCUGAAGAAGCAAUUCCCCAGUACAAAUUGAUCGAGGACAAGACGGCAACAGAGGCGUAA